CCACAUCUUCUACGCUUACACACUUGUCAACUCAGAGCUCCUGCUAGCUGUCCGUCCGCGAUCGUUCCCAGACAAGAUGGCUGUUAACCCUCUGAUGGUGGUGGUGCUGCCAGUGGCCUACCUGCUCAUUGGCACGUUCUCCCUUCUUCAGUUCUCGGCGAUUCUGCAGCUCAUUUCCCAGGGGGCGGUCAAGGUCCGCCAGAUGAAGCAGCUUGCGCCCAUCGAGCCAGUGGUGACCACGCUGGUCGACUACCUCACCCGCAUCUACGGCCCCCUGCACAAGUUCACGCCGCAGCCCACCCACGUGUUGCUGGCGACCAUCGUUGUGGCCCUGGUGGUCAACGGCAUGCGCCGCAAGUGAGCGGCGGGGCCGGGACAGGGCGCAGGCGGCGGCGGCGGCGGCGGCAGCAGCCACAGGCGCCCACACGCUGAGCCACCUCAGCCCUAGUCAUGGAACCGCCGCUGAGGUUCAAAGGGGGAGGGUUGGAGUUGGCGACGACGGUGCGGGCAUGUUGUGUUGAGCUGCGUUGGCGAUCGGUUGGGGGGGACCGGGCGCCACGUUUUUGCAGGGUGUGUGGUAGCGGGUUCGGGCGGCAGGAGUAAUUGCCAGCACUGCCUUCACUGCCGGCCUUCGCUGCCUAGGCGCAAAGGAGCUGAAGUUGAGACGCAGGGGUGAUUGGUUCGCUUCGACUAAACGGUGCUGCAGCAGCCGCAGCUGGUCAGCAGCAGGGUGUACCCGGGCUGUCCCUUGCAGUGAUGAGUUCUGUGACUGUGGGAAGGUACAAUGCAUUGCUGUAUUCUACUUGACUGACAAAUGUGAGCAAUCAUGUG